AUGAGUCUGCUGAGACCCAGCGGGCUGAAGGCCCCCACCAAGAUCCUCAAGCAUGGGAGCUGGGCCCUGAAGACACCCUCGGCCGCGGCUGCUCCCGUUGAGAAGACCGUGCCUGGGGAGAAAAACCCCAGCGCCCCCUCCUCGGAGAUGCAGGAGGAGUUUGUGGGCGACUUCCAGGUCGGGGAACGAGUCUGGGUGAACGGGAACAAGCCUGGAUUCAUCCAGUUCCUCGGGGAGACCCAGUUUGCCCCUGGUCAGUGGGCCGGGAUCGUCUUGGACGAGCCCAUCGGCAAGAACGACGGCUCGGUGGCGGGUGUGCGCUACUUCCAGUGCGAGCCGCUGAAGGGCAUCUUCACCCGGCCGUCCAAGCUGAGUAGGAGCUUGCAGGCCGACGAUGAGACCAACUGCCGGCAGCCAGCGCCUGUCGCCUGGGCCACACCGCCCCUGUCGGCCUCCCCGGCCCUUGCCGGCACCGCGAAGGUGCCCCAGUCCCCCGCGAAGGAGGCACCGGCCACCCCUCACAUCAGCAGCCUGACCAGGACAGCCAGCGAGUCCAUCUCCAACCUCUCUGAGGCCGGCUCCCUCAAGAAAGGGGAGCGGGAGCUGAAGCUCGGGGACCAGGUGCUGGUGGGAGGCAUGGAGGCCAGUGUGGUGCGCUUCCUCGGGGAGACGGACUUCGCCAAGGGGGAUUGGUGCGGCGUAGAGCUGGACAAGCCACUGGGCAAGAACGAUGGUGCCGUGGCCGGAACGAGGUACUUCCAGUGUCAGCCCAAGUAUGGCUUGUUUGCUCCCAUUCACAAAGUCACCAAGAUCGGCUUCCCGUCCACGACGCCGGACAAGGGUAGGGUGGCCGCCGUGAGGCGUGUGAUGGCCACCACCCCCGCCAGCCUGAAGCGCAGCCCUUCGGCCUCCUCGCUCAGCUCUGUCAGCUCCGGGGCCUCAUUCGAGAGCAGCAGACCCGGCCGCACGGGACUAUUGCCAGAAACCUCCUCCCGCUACGCCCACAAGAUCUCUGGCACCACCGCCCUCCAGGAGGCGCUGAAGGAGAAGCAGCAGCACACUGAGAAGCUGCUGGCCGAGCGGGACCUAGAGCGGGCGGAGGUGGCCAAGGCCACGAGCCACAUGGGGGAGAUAGAGCAGGAGCUGGCCCGCCGGAACGGGCACGACCAGCACGUCCUGGAGCUGGAGGCCAAGAACGACGAGCUGCGGGCCAUGCUGGAAGCGACCGACUGGGAGAAGGUGGAGCUGCUGAACCAGCUGGAGGAGGAGAAGAGGAAAGUGGAAGACCUCCAGUUCCGAGUCGAGGAGGAGUCCAUCACCAAAGGCGACUUUUCCCACCAGAAGGAGGUGAAGUCCCUGCAGGCGGCCUCUGAGAAGCUUGCGAAGGAGAACGAGUGCCUGAGGACCAAGCUGGACCAUGCCAACAAGGAGAAUGCGGACGUGAUCGCCCUGUGGAAGUCCAAGCUGGAGACGGCCAUCGCCCCGCACCAACAGGCCAUGGGCGAGCCGAAGGCAUCCGUGAGCCAGGGCGUGGGCGCCGAGGCGGCCGAGCUGGCCGAGCUCAAGAUGCAGAUCGAGAGGCUACAGUUCGAGUACCAGCAGGAGCUGGAGAGCCUGAAGGCCCACCAGGCGGCUGAGCGUGCAGCGCACGCCUCCGAGCUGCAGACGCUCAGGUCGCGGAUGUUCAGGACGGCCCAGGAGCAGAAGAACAGCCUGGAGGCCGCACGGGCCAAGCUCGAGCAGAUCGAGGACCAGCACCUGGUGGAGAUGGAGGACGCCCUGAACAAGCUGCAGGAGGCGGAGACGAAGGUAAAUCACCUGAACGGGUUGAAGGCCGUGUGUAGUCAGCAAGCCCAGGCCCUGGCCAAUGCCACGGCACAGCUCUUGCAGCUCGAUGGGCUCUGGAAGGCCAGUUCCGAAGGUCAAUUGGGAAUGGAGAAGCUCAGGCAGCAGCUCCAGGUGGCUGAGCGGCAGAUUCAGGAGAAGGUGGACGUGAGCCGCAGCCAGUGCCAGGCUCUACAGGCCGAGCUCGCCAAGGCCAGCGUGGAGAUCCAGGGGCAGCACGAGGAGUCGCCGCAGGCCCUUCAGCAGCUGCUGCUGCAGGCGAAGGAGAAGCUGCAGGCGGUGCAGGCGGAGAACGGGAGCCUGCUGCGGGAGGUGGCCGAGCUGAAGACGCAAGCCGACAAGGGAGAUGAGGAGCCCGAAGCCUGA